AAAGGGAAUUACGUUCAAUUUACGCGCGUUUAACUCGGGGUCAGAAUUCCCCACAUGUGCUCUCUUGACUCGCUUUGGAAUUUAUCACGUGACCGUACUGUUCGUUUCAGACCUGGGCAAAGCAGUCACAUGAGCGCCGUACUUCCCGUUUGUAUCAGCUGAGAAAACGUCAAUGAUAUAUCCAAACAACUGCAAUUUGUCUCACUGUUUUUUGUUUGUUUAAUGUGACAAUAUGGGGGUCGUGUCCAAUCUUCUAUUUGGGCUGCUGUCCAACGUGCUGCUGAUUUACGCGGCGCCUCUUUCACCUGUAAAUAACAUUCACCUGCCAAGCAUAGGGAGAUUCUGGCACAUCUCUGAUCUGCAUUUGGACCCCACGUACCAUGUGACUGAUGACCACACCAAAGUGUGUUUCUCCUCUAAGGGUGUCCCAGCCUCAAACCCUGGUCUGUUUGGAGAUUUCAUGUGUGAUUCUCCCUACCAGCUCAUCCUGUCAGCCUUUCAGCACAUGAAACAAGUGGCACCACAGCCAGAGUUUAUGCUCUGGACAGGAGACAGCCCUCCACAUGUCCCUGCAGGGGAGCUGUCCACAGACGUGGUAAUCCAAGUCAUCAGCAACAUGACUCAAACCAUCAGGGAGUUCUUUCCAGACAUGCUAGUGUACCCCGCCCUUGGGAAUCAUGACUACUGGCCACAGGAUCAACUUCCAACGUCCACUAAUGAUAUUUACCAGGCUGCAGCCAAACUGUGGGAGCCUUGGUUAAAGCCAGAAGCCCUUGUAACUCUCAGAGAAGGUGGAUUUUACUCUCAGAUGGUGCUGCCCAAGCUGCGACUGAUAAGCUUGAACACUAUCCUAUACUAUAGCCCUAAUAAAGUGACAGUGAAUAUGAGUGACCCGGCUGGACAGUUCCGGUGGCUGCAGGACACCCUGGAAGCAUCUGCUCAGAGCAUGGAGAAGGUCAUUGUAAUUGCUCAUGUUCCAGUGGGUUACUUGCCCUUUGCCAGGAACACCACCGCCGUCAGAGAAGCCUACAAUGAGAGACUUGUGAAGAUCUUUCGUGACUACAGUGACAUCAUCUCAGGGCAUUUCUAUGGCCACACUCACAGAGACAGCAUAAUGGUCUUGCAGGACCAACAAGGGGAACCGGUUAAUUCCCUGUUUGUCACACCGGCUGUUACUCCAAUCAAGAGUGCAGAAGAGCCAUACUCCAACAACCCAGCCUUCCGCAUGUACCACUAUGACCCGCAGGACUACAGGCUGCUGGAUAUUUGGCAGUACUACUUGAAUCUCACCGAAGCCAACCAAGAAAAAAGAUCUGACUGGAAACUUGAAUAUGUAAUGACUGAAGCGUUUGGAUUAAAGGACAUUCAACCACACAGCCUGUUUAAACUUGUCUUGAGUUUUGAAAUGCAGCAAAGCAAAGCAUUUCAAAAGUAUUUUAGCCAUUUUAUGGUGAGCUAUGAUGAUACCAUUGUGUGUGAUGGGGCCUGCAAGCUGACUCAGGUCUGUGCGGUGCAGUCCUUAGAACGUGCCUCCUAUUCCAAAUGUAUUGAAAAGGGACAUUAAAACAAUUCUCUUCUUUUUUUUGUGUGAGUUCAUCUGAAAAUUCAGGGAUUUUAUACGUGUAGAGAUAUUUCUUAUGUUUUCACAUGACCAUGGAAUGUAAAUGUAUUUUUUGUAAUACUCUCAAUUGAAUAAUUACAAAUCAAAUCAAAGUUUAUUUGUCACGUGCACCAAAUACAACAGCUGUAGACCUUACAGUGAAAUGCUUACUUACAGGCUCCAACCAAUAGUGCAAAAAAGGUGAACAAUAGGUAAGUAAAGAAAUAAAACAACAGUAAAAAGACAGGCUAUAUACAGUAGUGAGGCUAUAAAAGUAGCAAGGCUACAUACAGACACUGGUUAGUCAGGCUGAUUGAGGUAGUAGGUAGAUAUGGUUGAAGUGACUAUGCAUAUAUGAUGAACAGAGAGUAGCAGUAGCGUAAAAGAGGGGUUGGUGGGUAGCGGGACACAAUGCAGAUAGCCCGGUUAGCCAAUGUGCGGGAGCACUGGUUGAUCGGCCCAAUUGAGGUAGUAUGUACAUGAAUGUUAGUUAAAGUGACUAUGCAUAUGAUAAACAGAGUAGCAGCAGUGUAAAAAGAGGGGUUGGGGGGGGCACACAAUGCAAAUAGUCCGGGUAGCCAUUUGAUUAACUGUUCAGGAGUCUUAUGGCUUGGGGGUAAAAACUGUUGAGAAGCCUUUUUGUCCUAGACUUGGCACUCCUGUACCGCUUGCCAUGCGGUAGUAGAGAGAACAGUCUAUGGCUGGAGUCUUUGACAAUUUUGAAGCAAAUCUGAAGUCGAAAUAUGUAUAUGAUACCUUGAAAUGUUGAUGAUUAUAUAAUUGCAAAAGGCAAGAUAUUUUGACAAACUUUCUCUCUGUGAAAUGUUAUAAUCAAAGGGAAAUAAAUAACUAACUCCUA